AUGCCCGUAUCUUUGACUGCCGCUCCGCUCACCAACAUCCUGCGCAACAAAGCCUUCGCUUCGAAACGUGCACGCAAGCUUCCUAUCCCGUGGUCCGUAGCUGAGGAAGACGCCUUCCAGUCUUUACGAGAAACGUUGGCUUCCCCGAAGGUCCUUGCUUUCCCUGACCUUGAGCGUCCGUUCGAACUGCACACGGAUGCUAGCACGCUGGGUGUAGGAGCUUCGCUUAUGCAGACAAUCGAUGGUGUCACCAGAGCGGUGGCGUUCGCGAGCCACCGGUUUUCACAAACCGAUGCUAGACGCGGGCCCACGGAACGAGAAUGCAUGGGGGUCCUCUGGGCGGUAGACCACUUCCGGCCGUACCUAGCGGGUAGACGGUUCAAACUGGUCACAGACUGUUCUGCCCUCACAUGGUUGUUCCGGAGCCGUGAACUCUGCCCCAAGCUGCACAGGUGGGCGCUGCGGCUGAUGGAGUACGAGAUGGAACUGGAAUGGAAGGCGGGGGUAGAGUACGUAGUGCCCGAUGCUUUGUCCCGGUUGCCUGUGGCGAACCCGGUAGAGGUCGACGUCGACGAUUCGUUUCCGGAUGAUCUGUCGUGUGCUGCAGGCGCUGCGGUAGAGAUUUUAGGACCGGAGUUGAAGGGUGUAAGGCUGGCUGAGUUGGACCCUGUGCAGGUAGACCAGGUAGGCGAUGCUGACUCCCAACCCUCUCACCUCACUCCGGAGGGGGCCGACUUCCAUCUGUCUGCCCUUCGAGCGUUGCCUUUCGUUGCAUGUGCGGCUGUAGACCAUGAGCCUGAUGCCCCCCGCCGCAGCGGCCGGACCCGUACCCCUUCGGUACGAUUACGACCGAUCGGCGACGCGCAGCUGCCCCCGACGAGUGUGCUGGAGGCCCUCCCGGACAGAGAGGUAAUCGGCCCCUCCGCGGUGCAAGCCCCAACUCCAGCGCCGUCGCCAUCGACACUGCCGCCGUCCCCCGUUAGUCCUGGCCACGACGACAUCGGUGAGGUGCUGGCUGCACGGGGGGAGGUUACGACGUCGUCGUCGAGCCACGCGUUGGAUGGAGCAUCAGCCAUCGAUCUGACAGCACGAGUACUCACAAGGCCGUCCGAGCUAGCGCAUCGGCAACGAGUCUACACCCAGCUGAGUCAGGUAUAG